GCAUGUGAUUGUGAUGUCAGUGAUGUGCCGGACUGGGCUGAGCUGUUUGUUUUGUUUUUCUGGAGAUUAUAUGUUGUGUUUAUGAGCUGUUUAGAGGGGCUUGUGUUCUCAUGGGUUGUGUUGAACAUGAAGAACUGAAGGCAGGCGGAGUGGAGGGGGGAGUCUGUGGGCUGCAGCUGUGUUAGCGGGGCUGAGCAGAGUCUAAAGACAGGGUUUAAAGUUGAGUAGCUUAGUGUUGAUUUUAUUUCCCUGUUUAAAACAUGUUAAGCAGGCCUGAAGCUCGAGUGCAGAAAGCUCUAGAAGUCGCACUUCUGCCUGAAAACGACUUGUGUAAAGAUGUUCACAACACGGUCAAAGCCAAAAUGGCUAAAGGCUGCUCUCUGCUGUGCUGCCUGAAUGCUGGGGGUAAGCUGGCAGUCAGUGAUGUGUCUGAGAGAGGAGGUCCUGUGCAUGUUCUCGAGGACUCACACACAGACUUUUUCUGGGAGGUGUUGACAGAGCGAGGUAAAACUGAUGGCAGCCCUCGACUCCUGACUGUGGGACCUGCAUGUGAACUCAGACUGCAUGAGGUGGAUCCAGAAAUCCCUCCCUCUCUUCUGUUUGAAUAUCCAGCACACAGACUGCUCCAGCUCCCCAAAGAAAAGGACUCCAGAGUGAAUGAACUGGUCAGUGCCAAGCUGCUGUCAUUCUCCGAUGGCCGAUGUUUCCUGCUGCUGAACAUGGCAGUUCUGGUACAGCUCCUCUAUGUGGAGGGUUCUGUAGAACCAGAGGCUGUGUCUUCUUGCCUUAUCAACUUACCACCUGAAAUUCGGGAAACAUUUGUCGACUACCAGCUCUGUAGAAGCACACUGUUUGUGCUGACCAGCACUGGAUUCAUUUAUGUGUUUGACAGUGUUGAGGGGAAGCACCUGGCCACUGUCAAUCUCCCUGAAUACUAUGCAUCAAGACAGAGAGAGGCAGAAUCUGUCACGCCUCUUUCCUCCUUCUGUCUUCUGCACAUUUCCCAAGACCUCAGCAUGGCUGUAGCAGCCACAAGUCAAAACCAAGCACUGGCCCUGGACCUCAAUGAUUAUUUCAGAAUUCAUACAGAUCAGCUGCUUUGUCAGCAGUCUCCCACCCUCCCCCCUCUCAUCCCCACAAAGCCCUGUGACCAGGACAGCAUCAGCAGUGUGGCUCACAGUCAGUCUGUACUGGGCAUCAACUUCCAAACAGACCACUCCUGGGAAGCGAGGUUAAAGCUUCUCUAUAAAAAAGCUAAAGCUACUGAACCACCAGCCCUCCGGCUGCCCUGGUAUGGAGACGUCCCCAACUCGGAGUGCCGUCGAAUGGCUGCCACUGCCAAUCUCGGUCAACCCUGUGCACCACCAGGGGGCAUCCUGACUUCCUUCACUGUACCUGAACAAACCACACCAACCAUGCUGAAUGUCUCAGAAUUCUCGGUAGUGCUUACCUUCACCUCAGCGGGCAACAGCAGCACCAUGCUGGCUCACUGGGAUCUGGAGAGUCAGAGUGUGACGUAUCACUGCGCUGAUGCUCCUGCUGCACCUGUUCGGCGCUCAGAGGAGGAACACCUCUCUCUAAUAUUGAAAGAAUCAGGCUUGUCUCUGGUGCUGUUCACGGUUUCUCAGGAGGAGCUGUUAAACAGAUUGAUGGUGUUUGGCAGUGCUGGUGUAGUGGACUCUCUCUGCCAUCUAAAUGACUGGGGGCGCUGCUCUAUGCCUAUCCAUGCCCUGCAGGCUGGGCUGAAGAAUAGGCAACUGGACAUGGUGGAUUUCUUUUUGAAGAGCAAAGAGAAUAUUCUGUGUCCACCUACAGGCUACGGUGUGCUUGAGCAGUCCCCUGCCAACACAACACAGAUGCAGCUAAAGAAUGCCCAGGAUCUGUGUCCAGCCCUGGAUCUUCUUCACUCUGCAAUCAGAGACACAUAUGCUGAAGCUCAGAGUCAACAGUUCUGUGAACAGCUGCUUAACAUUACACUCAACUUCCUUAAUACACAGAUCCGAGUCCUCCUCAGCAGCGCACCAGAGUUGGAUGCUAACUUGCAGGAGUGUGUGAAGAUCUUGAGUGGCUAUAUCUCUGAACUGCGCACCUAUUUAAGGAAAUACCCCUGGUUGGUAGGCGGCGAUCAGACUCCUGCCCCUAAACAACCACCUGACAUGACCAUGGAGGAAUUGUGGGAAUCACUGUCUGUGGAGGAUGUGGUCAAGCAGGCAAUUUUGUGCAGCGAGAUCCCGCGUGCACAGGCGUAUCUGCGCAAACACAGCUGUCCUGAGCAGAAGCUGGAAGAGCUAAGGAGAACAGGCCUGAGACUGGCCUUUAACUGCCUUACACACAGAGACCUGCAGCAGGCCACUACACUGCUCACUAAUAUGGGUUUUAAUGUGAAAGAACAGCUUCACAGUAUCUGUGUGUACACAGCCGAUCGAGACCUCAGGGCAUAUAUGGUGGAAGAAUUGAAGAGGCAGAAUCACCUCUCUUCUGAGGAGAUGGAGAAAGUGGAGUUCAUUAAACAGAUUGAGAAUUUGUGCUCAGCGCCAGCAGCAAGAUGUUUAAAGGCUGUUGACAAGAACAGAGUUCUUCAAAUAAGCCAAUCAGAGGUGGAGAACCGGGCAUUGCUGCAGGAGAUGCACGGACCACUAUCUUCCUCCUUCCAGUCCCUGCUGGGAUCUGUGCGUUUGGACUGGGUUAGACACUGGGAUAACAACACACAGAAAACUGUGCUCCUCUCCAGACUUCCAGAGCCCUUGUUGGGCUCCUGUGAUCCAGCUGUGCUGUGGUCAUACCUCACCUCCCUUCAUGACCAGACCCGCAACACUGCAUGGCUCACCAGCAUGGCAGCGCAGGACAGAGAGAACACUGCUGCCCCCCAGUGGCCUGCUCUCACUGCAGAUAUUGUGAAUGGAAACACCUGCUGCAGUGGCUACAUGAGAGACCAAAUCCUCGACAUGCUCGCCAGGCAAGAGGUGUUUGUGCAGUCAGAGAUUUCUGAUUUUGAGCAGUUGUUGUGGAGGCUGGGUCAGGCUGGAGGGGUAAUGAGGGGUAACAGCGGCCCUCCUGUCCCACAGUUCAGUGCAGCCCAAGGCCAGGACUUCCAUACACACUUUAUUCAGCACUGUCUGGAGAACAGUUUACACUACCUGCUCUAUACCUACCUGGAGCACUACAGGCUGACACCCAGUAAUUGCCCUGCUGUUGGGGACAGAGGUUUGUAUGAGAUUUAUCCCUGGUUUGAGAUGAUGGUCAAACUGCAGAGGAUUACAAGAGACCUCACAGACCCAGAGCGAGUGUUCCAGGCCAGUCUGACCAGUGCACAGGUGCUUUUGCCAGGCAGUCAGGCUAGUGUUAGCAGCAUGCUGCUAGAGGGACAUAGCCUCCUUGCACUCUCCACCAUAAUGUUUGGACCAGGAGGUAUUGAUCAGGUGGUGAAAGAGGGUGAGAAAGGUCAGGACGCUCUGUGCAGAGUCGACCCACAGCUCCUGAGGAUGGCUCUGAGUCCUUACCCCAAACUCAAAGCUGCUCUUUUCCCCCACAGUGGCUCAAGAGCCUCUUCAGCUUGUGAUAUAUCCAUUUACCAACUCAUGCAGUGUUUGCACCCCUUGGAUCCCUCCAGACUGUUUGGGUGGCAGUCUGCCAACACCUUAGGCAGCGCCGAAACGUCCACUGAGCUUCCCCAUUUCUCCAGCCCUCACCUGGUCAACAAGUACGCUCUCAUUGAAAACCUGGACUUCUUGUACUACCUGCAGCACGGCAGACCUUCUUUUGCCUAUGGAAUUGUCAUUAUUCAGCAUCUGGCUAACUCCAACAAUAUGAAGCUGCAGAUUAGUCUGGCUGUGGAGCAGGCAUACACUCUGGGUCUUCUGAAUUUCAGCUCUCCAUCUGUAGCAGCAGCUUGUGUGUGUUUCUGUGAGCUGUUGGGUGUUUGCAGUCUGAAACUGAGGGUUGACCUCAAAGCCCUCAAUCUCAUCCUCAAGCUCUGGAGUCAGAACUGUGAGGAGAGCAGCUUAGCCUCACUCAGACAGUCUCUGGUGGAGAAGGUGAAUAAGCUGGUAGCAGCUGAGAGGAAGACUGCUGAAGAACUGCUGCUACAUCUGGAAGGAGCAGUGAGGGACAACGUGGAAAGGAGAUGCAUUAGCAGGUCAUCGUAUGAGGCGGGACAGGAGUGGGCUCUUCCUGUCCAGUUCUGCCACCUGCAUGAUCUGCCCCUUAGUGCUGGCUAUCUACGAGACUGUGCCAGUGAUGGCCAGUGGCUUAACUUCCUGCUGUUUGUGCAGCUUCACCAGUACCCUCCACAGCAGGUCAGAUCACUGGUGACUAGCUUCACUCCAGCCCUGCAGGCCCACCUUUUCCUGGCCUUCCAGGAUCUUCAGGUCAUCAGACCUCAGGGAGCCAUGGAGGUCCAGGGGGAUUCUCUCCCCCCUCUGCCAAUGGAGGAAAGCUCUGAAGCACCUAAAGAUCUGUUCCAGGUGCUGUUAGAGAGCCAGGAGAAGACCAGCCCCUGGAGACAUCUGCUGACUGAAGCUGUGGAGCAGCACAGUCCUCCACUUACAGUGCUGGCAGCAUGUAACCAGGAUGCUGAGCUCUUGCAGUGCUUGUGUGUGUGGAUCCUGACCUCAGUCGAUGAAGAAGUUGCCCAGGAGGCCACCUCACACAUCAAUGAGAAUCCAGGCCAUCACACAUGGAACCUUCAUGACCUGUCAGUCUUAUGGAAAACUCUCCUCCGCAAGUGCAAGAUCAGACCUCUGAUCCGUGGCUUCCAGCUCUUCCAGCGGGAGUCUCCACUGAUCCACAUGCUGCAGAUGUUCGAGCUAUGCUAUGACUAUAAAAGCUACCAGCGUGCCGAAGAGAAGCUACUGGAGUUCCAGAAGUGUCUACUUAAUUUGAGGAGCAGUGGGAGUGUGCUGGGUCUGGAGUGUCUGCCGGUGCAGUGGGUGGAGUCUCAGGCCUCAGUUCUGCUGCUCACACUCAUGCAGCAGUGUGAGACACAGUAUGAACUGCGCAGGCUGCUGCAGCUGCUGGCCAACAUGGAGCGUCUGCUCAAGUCGAAUGGUCCUGAUUUUAAGAAGCUGAGUCAGUUGAGCCAGAUCCUGGCAGAGACUCCUGUGUGUCUGUCCUCCUGCCUGCUGGAGGACUAUACCCCUGAGAGCCUGCAGGGGGAGUGCCAAAGCAUGCUGGAGGAGCUGCAGGAGCUGGGGCUCUUCUCCCAGGCCAGGAGAGUGGCUGAACUGGCAGGGCUGCCUAUAGACCGCCUGAUUGUUAAUGAGCUACUGCGGGACUUGGAGGUGCAGAAGGCCAAGCGCCAUUGGGAGAGGCAGGAUACCCGACUGGCCUUCUGGAAAAGAUGCCACGAUCUGUUCAAGACCGACAGCAUUGGGGCAGAAGCAGCCUGCCAGUUCUUUCUCUCUCAGGCUGAGGAUCCUUUGAAGAAGGAUACAGAGCUUCUUCAUGUGCAAGAACGCUGCCUCUUGCUGGGUUUGGCUGGUCACUGGCUUUCCCAGUGCAGAUCCUCCUCUACUGCACACCGCUUGUCUCAGCUGGAGAAGCAGCAGUGGCAGUGCCGUGUCCGCCGGCUGGUCCUGACCACUGCGCUGGAGCAAGAGAGCCUGUUUGCUCCAGCCUCUGUGGUGGUGGAAGACUCCUUUGACUGCCUCCUUAGAGAAUACUCCUUCUCCAAAAUGGCCAUUCUGAACAGCCCAACAUAUUUAAACCUGGAGGGACUUCCAACUUCUGAGGAGAGCUGCCCCCUAGUAGGAGAAGAACAGAAAGCUUUGACCACUCUAGUAGGCCAGCUUUUGGACGAUGGGAGUGUUCAUGAAGCGAGCCGUGUGUGUGGAUACUUUGAGCUGUACCACAGGGAUUUGAAGCUGGUGCUGCAGUGUCGGGGCUUGGCUUGUGGAGAGCUGCAGCCAGGCCUGCAGGAACUUCUCAGCCCCAACGUAGAGAGCAGGAGUCUCCCCAGUUGCUCUAGCACCAGUAGUCUGUCCUCCUUUGUGGUGGUUUCCUCCCCUGAAGACCAGGUCCUCUCUCAGCUCCAGCUGCUCGUUGAACAGUGCCGCCAUGGCAAGAGCUACUGCAAGCAGGUCCUCAGCCUCUACGAGCUCUCCAAGGAGCUGCAUUGCUCUUAUGGUGAGAUAUCAUCUGAAGAGCCAGAGGCAGUUCUUCGGAAAGUGCUCCUGUCCCAGCAGCCGGAACGCUAUAAGAAAGCCCAGGCCUUUAUCAGUGUCCAGGGAUUACAGCCAGACACUGUAGCCCAACUCAUAUCCUCCACUGUGCUGGAAGGACUACUGGCUUCUUCACAGGAUGAGACGGCAGAGCGUAAUAUAUACAGUCCAUCUGAAGGUAGAGAAGCCUUCCUGCAGCUGGCCAAACUGUGUGGCGACCCCAACCUGGUGGGCAGCAAGUUGUUGGACAGCAUCCCCACUGUCCCUCUGGCUGAACUGGGCUGCACUGUCGAGUUGCUGAUCUUGGCCCAUGACUGCUUCAGUCUCACUUGUAAUAUGGAGGGUAUCGUCAAGGUCCUUCAAGCUGCCAGGCACCUCAGCCAUAAACACCUGGCACAUGGGGAGGGAUACGGACUCCUGGUGCGACUUCUGACUGGUAUUGGAAGAUACAAUGAAAUGACUUAUGUCUUUGAUCUUGUCAACCAAAAUCACCGUUUUGAGAUGCUGCUGAGGAAGAAAGUAGAGUCGAACACCAGAUUAAAGACUGCUUUGCUGGACUACCUUAAGCGCUGUUUACCAGGGGACAGUGAGAAACACAACAUGGUAGCUCUAUGUUUCAGCAUGCGCAGAGAGAUCGGGGAGAACCAUGAAGGAGCUGCUCGGACUCAACUCAAACUCAUCGAGUCACAGCCUUGGGCCGUCACCCCGGAGCUCAAAAGUGGUCUGGAGAAAGUUCUCUUUUUGCUGAAAGAUGCUGUGGAAAGUUACUCUAAGGACUCGUGCAUGCGACAAGCUCUGCGAUGUGUGAAACUGGCUAAACUCAUCACCCUGCAGCUUCACUUUCUUAAUCAUGGACAGGACCACCGUGUUGUUAACCUGAGACCACCAGAACUACUCAAUGCUAUUGUGGCUCUGCCACGCUGUUACCAGGCAUUUGUAGUAGCAGAGGCGUACGAUUACAGUCCUGACUGGGCAGAGGUUCUGUAUCAAAAAGUGAUUCUGAAAGGAGAUUUCUCUUACCUGGAGGAGUAUAAGCAGCACAGACAACUUUCAGCCAAUCUGUUUGAUGAGAUCUCCAAAAAACUGUUAAAAAACAAGCCCCCAAACAGUGCCAGUCAGAACCUGAAGAAACUCCUCCAGCACUGUGAAGAUGUCUACACCCACUACGAACUAGCCUACAAUCAUAAGUUUAUCGAUGUGGCCAACAUGCUUCUGCAGGACUCUAAAACAAACAGUUAUCUUAGUGACAGACUAAAAACCUAACACCUCAUGUACACACUUCUUCCCAACAGUUCUCUUCCUUUUCCUUUUCUUUUGUGCUUUGGUGACCUUCCAUAACAAUAUUUCAUUCACAUCUUCACAUCUUCCACAACAGAAUUUAACAAGUAUGGAUUUGUGAUUAGGUACAAGGGUUGUGGGUCAUCUGAUCAAAGGAAGUUGUUUUGUAAGCGUUUAAAUGAAAUAAAUGACUGUAAAUGUAAAUAUUUAAGAGAUUAAAUCUAACUUUGCUAAUUUA